ACACUCUUUUAAGGUUUCUCAAAGUUUUGAAAUCUCAUUCUUUUCCAGAUCUCAGGUUUCAGUUUUUUUUUUUUAAGAAAAAAAAAUUGGGGGUCCUCUUCCUUCCAUUGUCCUACCUGCUCCACAACAUUACUGAAAUUCUUUAUCCUCAUAAUUUUCCAUCAGAAAAUCUUUUCAUGCAAUCAUUAUAACAUGACAAAUAACUUUUCUGCUUGAUAGCUUUCCUAUGUACUAACUAAAGUGUUUGAUUCUGUACAACUGGAAAGAAAAAGAUAAGAAAGCAAUUCUGUUUACUUAUGCUCACUGCUUAAUAGCUUUCAUGCUGUGACAAAACCAUUCUGUUUACUACAAAUAUUUUUCUUUUCUUUAAGCCUAAGAAUAUGAAGAGAUCAUUGGUUUUGUUCUGUAACUUGUUUCCUGCAACAAUCCUUCUUGUUCUGCUUACUAUAACAAGAAGUACUUCUGCACAGCUUGUAAGCAGUGAGAACAGAAUCCUCUUCCAAGUUCAGAAGCUUCUAGAAUAUCCACAAGCCCUUCAAGGAUGGAAUAACUGGACCAACUUCUGCUACCUCCCUCCAUCACCUUCCCUCACCAUAGUCUGCACAAAUGGCCAUGUCACAGAACUCACCAUCAUUGGAAACAACACUAGUUCUCAUCAAAUCCUUUCAUCAAGGUUCUCCAUUGAUUCUCUCUUCACUGUGAUGACAAAGUUUUCAAAUUUGAAGGCCUUAUCAUUGGUUUCAUUAGGUCUGUGGGGUCCAUUACCUUCCAAGAUCAACAGGUUCUGGUCACUGGAGGUUCUCAACAUUAGUUCAAACUUCAUUUAUGGUGAAAUUCCACCAUCAAUAUCAACAUUGAAGAGCCUCAAGAGUCUUGUUUUGGCUGAUAAUCUCUUCAAUGGAACUGUCCCAGAUUUCAAAAAGCUAACUUUUCUUCAAGAGCUUAACUUGGGUGGCAACAAGCUUGGUCCUUAUUUUCCUUCACUAUUAGGCCAGAACCUUGUGAGUCUUAUCUUGAGGAACAAUUCUCUCAGAUCUCAAAUUCCUCUUCAAUUCAUAAAAUUUGAUAAGCUUCAGACACUUGACAUCUCUUCCAAUGAAAUCUUUGGAAAGAUUCCAUCUUUUCUUUUCUCUUUGCGUUCUCUCCAGUACCUAAACUUGGCUGCAAACCAAUUAAGUGGUAACCUUUCGGCAAAAACAGCAUGUGGUUCUGCACUGACAUUUGUGGAUAUCUCACACAAUCUUCUAGUUGGAAAGUUGCCAUCAUGCAUUGGUUCAAUGAUUUCAAAGGGCAAGCUGCUAUACUCUGGGAAUUGUUUUUCAACAAGAAGGUUGAAUGACCAGCAGCAUCCAUAUUCAUUUUGCAAGAAAGAGGUUGCCUUAGCCGUUAAGCCACCGGAGAAAACAAAGAAGGAGAAUGAAUCCAGAGUGAAACUAAGUCUAUUACUUGGUAUAAUUGGAGGUGCUGUGGGAAUUGCAGCAAUUCUGGUUCUACUCACUGUGUUCAUUGUGAGGAAAUCCAACCAAGAAAGAUCAUAUCGUCACCGGGACAGAUCCGUUGCUGAUAAAUUUUAUGCCGGAGCAUCUCCCGGACCAAACACUGAUACAAGACGUGUUCCUCAGACGAUGAGGCUAUCUGCGGUUGGAAUGCCACCAUACUGUAAUUUCACAUCAGAAGAAAUUGAAGAUGCAACAAACAACUUUGACUCAACAAAUCUAAUAGGAGAAGGAACACAGGGCCAACUAUAUAGAGGUUGGCUCAGAGAUGGUGCAGUGGUCCUGGUUAACUGUGUAAAAAUAAAGCAGAAGGGUUUGCCCCACACCAUUAACCAGAACUUAGAGGUUUUGCCUAAUUUGAGGCACAGGCAUUUGAUGAGUGUUCUAGGACACUGUGUCAUUACUCAUCAGGAAAAUCCUCAACCAACAAGCACAGUCUUCAUUGUCUUUGAACACAUAUCAAAUGUGUCGCUUAGGGAUCAACUUACAGAUUGGAGAAAGAGAGAUAUGCUGAAAUGGCCACAAAGAAUGGCAAUCAGCAUAGGCAUUGCAAGAGGGGUGCAGUUCUUGCACACAGGAGUUGCUCCUGGCAUUUUCGGCAACAAUUUGAAGAUUGAGAACAUUCUAUUGGAUGAUAGCCUCAAUGCAAAAGUUAGUAGAUACAGCAUUCCAUUGCCAUCCAAGAACACUGACCAAAAUGCCCCCAAUCAGAUUGGCAGCACAAAUAAUGCAGAAAAGGAAGAUAUCUAUCAGUUGGGUGUUAUUCUUCUUGAAAUUAUCACUGGCAAACAAAUUAAAUCUUCCAGUGAAAUAGAGGAGCUGAAGGAUGAGCUGGAGAAAGGGUCAUCAGAAGCACAGUCAGUACUAAGGAGUGCAGUUGAUCCUUGCCUGAGGGGAACUUAUGCAUAUGAAUCAAUGAGGACUGCAGUUCAGAUCACUAUCAAUUGUCUCUCCAAGGCUGCUAGUAAGCGCCCUUCAAUCGAGGAUGUUCUGUGGAACUUGCAGUACUCGAUGCAAGUUCAAGAGUCCUGGACCAGCAGUGGAAAUCUCAGCACAAAGUUCUGAACAUCCCUGUCAAUAGAAGUGUCUGCUGGAAUUCCAUAAGUUCAUUGAUCUUAAUGAAUAAAUGAACAUGUAAAUAUUUAUUUUCUUCUAUAUAGGGCCAAAAUGCACUACUUGUCCUGAAUUGUUCCUACAAACUUAUUGUCUAGUCAUAGAAGUUCCUCUUCAAGUUUGUAUCUACCAAUUUCUUUGGAUUACCCUUGAAUAAGGCAUAAAAUCGUUUUAAUAAGCCAUGAUGAGAUUGAUAAUUAA